CGUCUCCCACCUCCAUCUCCAUCCUCUGAAGUAGUUAGAAGACUCUUCCUGCUCUUUUUAAACUAUAAUUUCUGGCUGAGAGGUACUCAUAGAAGGCACUCUAUGAAUAUUUUAGCUGACCCCUGAGCCCGACUUACAUGUCAGGGCUUGACGUCUUGGUCUCCUCAGCCCAGAUACUCCCUUCAUCUCACCCCUUCUUUGAAGGGUCUGAGGGACAGUGCAGUUAAUUCCCCUUACCCUGGCCAAGAGGUGGUGGAGGAAGACACAUCAGUCCCAGGGGCCUGCAGACUGCCCUGUUUGCUUCAGAACUUCUUCCCCCAACUGGGCUAGUGCCACCAUCCCAAGAUUUUGUUAUGCUUGAGCAGGCCCUGGGCUACAGGUUUGUGGAUACCCCCUGGCUGGGCUUCAUGGCAAAAUCUUCCCUGAUCACCAACCCAAAUCCCAGAGCAGCUCCCAUCUUUCCAUGGACAGAAUGAGAGACCUGCUGUAACCAGACACAACAGGCCACCAUGAGAAAAUUGAUAAGGAUGGGGGUGCAGGAGAGGCGGUUACUCCGACCAAAGCGGCUUCGUUGGAGUCGCCUCCUCUUCCUAUUGGGAAUGUUGCUUAUUGGUUCUACCUACCAGCAACUGAGGAGCCCCUGGGGCCUCCCCUCACUGUGGGCAGCAGUCUCUUCCCAACACCCUAUAAAACUGACCAGCCGGGACCUCCCCAAUGAAGAGAUGGUGAUGGUGAGCAGUGACCCUCCAAAAGCUAGCUCCAAAAUGGAGGGUGAGAUGCUGGUGCCCCAAGGCAUAGAGGGCAGGGAUGAAGCAACACCUAGCCUAACAAUGAAGUACAUCCCCAGCACAUCCAGAAGAACAGCCAACAUCACUGCAACAACACGCAAGAAUGACUACAGCCCAACAGCAGCAGAAGGCACAGAGAGAGUAAAGGAAAUCCCCCCAACCACACCCAGAAGAGGACUGAAUCACAACACUCAAACUUCAGGUAGACAAACAGUAAAGAAUUACACCUCAGCAACACCCAGGAGAGAAAAGAAGAGCUACCACCCAACUCAAGCAAGGGGAAAGGUGAAGAAAUAUACUCCAUCCCCACCUGGUAAAAUAGUAGAAAAUUAUGCUCCAUUCACACUCAUGACAGUGAAAACAAGCCAUGUGAUCACCUCCAGAACAACAGUGAAAGAAAGUGAAGUUAUGGCUACCUACAAAAGAGUAGAGACCAGCCCCCACAAGAGAAUUGUGGUGGAAAAUACCCCAACUCCUCUCAAGGGGAUAGCUGAUAAUACCCCAACUUCCCUUACAAAUAAAGUAGAAACAAAUAACUUGACUUCUCCAAAAAGCAUAGCAGAAAAGAACACCUUGACCUCCCCCAGACAAGUGGAAAACAACAACUCAACCAACUCCUGGAGAUCAGUGGGGAGGAAGAACCUAACAACUCCCCAGGGAACAGGCCUGGGGCACACCCCAACCAUCUCUGAGAGGCAAGUGAUGGUCACCACCAGGAUAGCCAGCAGCCCAGCAGAAACUGCUGUUAGGAAUCCCUCCCUCAGAACCAGUGCACCAAUAUCCUCAGCCACCUUUCGGGGACUGGUGACAAAACCUUCUACGGCACCCACCACCUCGGCAACCUCCAGGUUCAGGGAAAAUGCAACCACCCAGGUCCAUCACUGUGUGGUUGUGGAGCCAGCCCCAGCCGUGCCCACCACUCACUCCCCUAGCUUGACCAUCACCCUGCUACCUGAGGAAUCCAGUCCCAGCCCCUCAGCACUGCUUCCCAGCUGGCCAGACCUCCACCCCAAGGCAGAGUAUCCUCCGGACUUGUUCAGUGUGGAGGAGCGGCAGCAGGGCUGGGUGGUGCUGCAUGUCUUUGGCAUGAUGUAUGUAUUUGUGGCCUUGGCCAUCGUGUGUGAUGAGUACUUUGUCCCAGCCCUGGGCGUCAUUACGGACAAGCUACAGAUCUCUGAGGAUGUGGCAGGUGCCACCUUCAUGGCCGCUGGAGGCUCUGCACCUGAGCUCUUCACCUCCCUCAUUGGCGUCUUCAUCUCCCACAGCAACGUGGGCAUUGGCACCAUUGUGGGCUCUGCUGUGUUCAACAUCCUCUUUGUCAUUGGCACCUGUGCCCUCUGCUCCCGGGAGAUCCUCAACCUCACCUGGUGGCCCUUGUUCCGUGACAUUUCCUUCUACAUCUUUGACCUGAUGAUGCUCAUCCUCUUUUUUCUGGACAGCCUCAUUGCCUGGUGGGAGAGCUUGCUGCUGCUGCUGGCCUAUGCCCUCUAUGUGUUCACCAUGAAGUGGAACAAGCAGUUCGAGCUCUGGGUGAAGGAGCAGCUCAGCCGGAGGCCGAUGGCCAAGGUCAUGGCCAUGGGGGACCUCAGCAAGCCGUGCGAUGGGGCUGCUGUGGUGGAUGAGCAGCAGGACAACAAGAAGUUGAAGCUCCCAUCUGUGCUGACCCGAGGGAGCAGCUCUGCCUCUCUACACAACAGCACCAUCCGCAGCACCAUCUACCAGCUCAUGCUCCACAGCCUGGACCCUCUGGGGAAAGCACAUCCCUCCAAGGACAAGGAGGGAGAGAACUUGAAUCAGGAGGCCAGAGCCAAACCCCAGACCAAAGCAGAAAGCAAACCAGCAGUGGAGGAGGCAGCCGAGCUCCCUGUGGUCACAGCAGCCCCUGCUCCAGACACCAGAGGAGGUCAGGAGGAUCCUGACAGUCAGGAAAAUGUGGCUGGAGCUGAGAGCAAAGGUGAAAUGACAGGUGAAGAGGUUGAAGCUCCUGGUGAAGGUGAAACUACAGAGCAAGGUGGAGGUGAAACUCAACCAGAAUGUGAAGGUGAAAUUGAAGCAGAAGGAAAAGAAGAUGAAUGUGAAAGUGAAGCAGAAAUCCCAGCAAAAGAAGGAGACAAUGAAAGUAAAGGUGAAGGUGAAAUCCUAGCAGGAGACAGUGAAUGUAAAUGUGAAGUCCAAGCAGAAGGAGACAGUGAUGGUGAAGGUGAAAUCCAAGCAAAAGAAGGAGACAGUGAAAGUAAUGGGAAAGGUGAAGUCCAAGCAGAAGACAAUGAAUGUGACGGUGAAACCCAAGCGGAAGGAGAAGAUGGUGAAAUGAAAGGUGAUGAAGGUGAAACUGAAAGCCAGGAAUUCAAUGCUGAAAAUCAAGGUGAAGCCAAAAGUGAUGAGAAAGGUGAAAGUGGUGAGGAUGGAGGUGAUGGAGGGGAUCAUGAAGGUAAGGAGGAAGAAGAGGAAGAAGAGGAAGAGGAGGAAGAGGAGGAAGAAGAGGAAGAGGAGGAAGAGGAGGAGGAAAAUGAGGAGCCUCUGUCCCUGGAGUGGCCUGAGACCAGGCAGAAGCAGGCCAUUUACUUCUUCCUUUUGCCCAUCAUACUUCCACUAUGGCUGACAGUGCCUGAUGUCCGGAGGCUGGGGUCUAGGAAGUUUUUUGUUAUCACCUUCCUGGGAUCCAUCAUGUGGAUAGCCAUGUUCUCAUACCUCAUGGUGUGGUGGGCUCACCAGGUUGGUGAAACAAUAGGGAUCUCCGAAGAGAUUAUGGGUUUGACAAUCCUAGCAGCAGGCACAUCAAUUCCUGACCUCAUCACCAGUGUGAUUGUGGCUCGGAAAGGCCUUGGAGACAUGGCUGUGUCAAGCUCUGUGGGCAGUAAUAUAUUUGAUAUCACUGUGGGCCUGCCCUUUCCUUGGUUGCUUUUCUCCCUUAUCAAUGGAUUACAGCCUGUUCCAGUCAGCAGCAAUGGCUUGUUUUGUGCAAUUGUUUUGCUCUUUCUCAUGCUCCUGUUUGUGAUCUCUUCGAUUGCAUCAUGCAAAUGGAGAAUGAACAAGAUCCUGGGCUUCACAAUGUUCCUCCUUUACUUUGUAUUCCUGAUAAUCAGUGUGAUGUUAGAAGCUCGAAUCAUAUCCUGUCCUGUAUCUGUCUGAGUCAGAGUCACUGUUGCUCACAGUGGACACACACUAGAAGAACAUGCCAGAAGUUAUUGUACCUCUUGUUACAUUAAUGAAAGAAUGAACAUGAUCCGGGAGAGUGGACUGAGUGGCCCAGAGCCUCUGAUGUGAAUGUGAUCCAGACUGCUCUUUAUCUUUGGAAACACCUGGCUGCUCACUGUGGAUUAAGAACCCUACCCUGGAAGGGUGGAGUUCCUGCUCCCAACUCAUGCAGACAUCCAUCACGUGUGGUUCAGUAGAGGGACCCCUGGAGCCAAAGGAUUUUCUAAAUGAGAGAUAACUGGGGUGAAGAUUGCGACAGAUGCAGCAGCAAUAAGACAAGCUCCCACCCUCACUGUUCCUUGAGCAUUCCCGAAGGGCCACAUGUGCAAAAGAUGCAGAUGUGGUCUAUAUAUCAACUUUCUGGCCCCUGCCCAAAGCACACAUUGAAAUUUGCUGUCUCUUUCUGUUUAAAAUGUGAGGUUUUAUAUCAGGGUUGCAGUCACUACAGAUUCAGUUUAAGGAGCUAAGGGUAUGGGAAAAAGGAAGAGUAUGAAGAAUCAACUAUCAUUCCAAACUGUUGUCCUAUAACAUGUGUACCAAUAUUUUCUAGUUUAAUAGGACAUUAGCUCUUGUUGCAUUUCUGAAACAUGAAAUUAAAAUAGGAAGCAACCCCACUAAGGGCAAUUAAAAAAUAUGACUUUAUUGGAAAAUCCAAGUUACUGCUGUCUCCUUCAAGUGGUCACCUUGAGGGAUUAGACAAUCUAACAGAGCUGUCCUGGCUCUGCCCCUCCAGCAUGUUCUUGCCCAGCUGUGACAGUUCUUGCUACUAGCAAGUGAGAAAGCAAGUAAUUUUUAAAAAGAGUCCAAAAGAGCUCAGGUGAUUGCAGAUUAUGAUAGUAAAUAUGUCUUCAGUACAAACUGAGAAAUGAGUCAUUGAAGACUGGAAGAUAGUAGAAUAGAUGUGAAAAAAAAUCAAACAUUUUAGUGUUGAAAGGCUAAGGUAUUCAGAGAACUUCAGUUUCCAGUGGGAACAGAUUGAGGCUUUCAAGUUAUAAUCCAUCUUUGGAGAUCAGCCAGUUAAUUUAACUAAUUAAAUUAAGUUAUUAAAUUAAGUAAAAUUAAAUCCUUACUGCCCCAGGAUUCCUAUUCUUUGGAAAUAGUUUUUAUUAAAUUUCAAUAAAUAGUCCCAAUAAUAUUUUACUUUACAUACAUGGAUGGGCUCAUCCCUAUCUUUAGAUCACUUGGUCAGAAUGCUUGAGAGAAGACUGAUGAAGAAUGUAGAAGCAUGUUUGAAUUUCAUAUUCUGAAAUCAAUUAUCCUCAUUCCUGAAGCUGCUUUACUGCCAGGUCUCUGUAUGCCAUUGACCUAACAGCAAGAGAGAACACCACUUGUAGAAGGGAGAGUCAAAUACCAAAACACAGGCCUCCAGCCUGGUUGCAGCAGCCAAUUCCAGUUGGCCUUGGGAUGUCCCACCUCCUCACAGCUGGAUACGGUCUUCCCCAAACUGACUGAGGCAUGGACAGUGAAAUGUUCUUUGAUGACAAAGUGCUGAAUAUUCAUCUAAAAAUUAAAACCAACUCUUAGUGAUCUAACAUCCUUUUCCCAGUUUGCUGAGCUUCUGGCAUUUCUCUUUGCCUAGAAAGGAAGUUCUGAUCACUUCACACUAUGACAGAAAGGGACAAGUAUAUACAGUGAAAACUGGGUCUUGAUGGAUGACUAGGAAUUCACUGGGGAGAGAAAGAAAAGGUUUCAAGAUUGGUAACUUAUGUAACUUCUAAAAGAUCAAUUUGUUAUACUUGGAAAUUAAAAUUUUUGUCAUACAUUUGCAAAUCUAUUAAAUUUAUUAAAAUCGUGCUGUUUUAGAAGUAAAGUAGCAUCUUAAAAUGUCAAGAUAAUAUUGAGAUGGUCCUUUCAUCUGAUAUGCAAAAUGGGACAAAAUGGGACAACUUCUAGGUCAUUCAGUCAGCCUAUAAAGUUGGAACUGUCCCAGUGGGUAUCUGAAUUAGAAGACAAUGGCUGUAUGGAUGACUUCUCCUUCAUCCCCCUGGGGUUGAAUUUCCUUGAUAACCCAGGUAAUAGAUUUGCCUCCGAAUUCUAAAAAAAUGUGUAACUCUUCCUAAUGUAAUGGGUUUAGAUUACAGUACCAGAAAAAUGGGAUGUAUUCCAAAAUUUGGAAAGCUCUCAAACAUAUGU